AUGCGAACUGAAACCAACCAUGAAGUGGGUAAACUGAUCAACUAUUUCGAAAACUACAUUAACGAUCUAAACAAAGAUUUCACAUUGCUUUCCAAAUCAAUUCAGCAGAUACGUACAACCAGUCAAAACACUUCUCAUCUAACCGUAUCAAACAAUGAUACACCUCGACCGAUUUCUACUACUCUACCACCGAUUAUCGACGAAGAAGAAUCGCAUCCAAUCGAACCCGAUCAAACGUUUUCCGAAGAUAUCUACGAUCGUCUUACCUAUCAAACUCUUGUUCAUACAAAUUCCUAUUCAAGUCGAGAGCAUCUCUCCGUUAAAAGCACAAAACGACGAUGCCAUCAAACAACGAAAAAACGGCUACACCGUCGUCGAGCACCAACUUAUAUCAAAGAACUCAAAGCUUAUCUAGCCCAUCGGGAAUCUUCCAUCAAUGACAUGGUGAAAAUAUCCGAUGUAAAACGAUUCAGUAAUGUUCUUGUUUGGCUUUCAAAUCAAGCCACAUCUCCAUCAUUAAUCGAAACGUCUGCACCGAUAUCCCUAAUAAAAAACGAUAAUCCGACUGUUCCACAAUGUAAAGAUCAACCAUUUAAUAACUAUUUAACUUAUGACAACAUUCGAUGGAAAUUAAAAGUCCGAAAAGAAGUUUUUUCACCAGCGGAAACUUUUAAUCAACCACUACUUAUCGAAUUGCUCUAUCGGCAAAUUAUUCGUGAUAUCUUCUCAUCAGUAUGUGUUCGCAUAAGUGAAGCUGAACGAACAAAUAUGAAAAGCUUUCUGUCUUCACAUGGUGUAGCGAUGAUAAGUGAUAUUAAUCUAAUCAAAACUUCACUAACUAAGAAGGCAAUUAUUGAACAAGCACGGCAAUGGUCCAUCUACUUUGCACGAUUAUUUCCUUUGAGAACGACUUCCAAUGAUCUACAUUUAUUAGGCGUCUCUCAUUCGGGUAUUCGAUUGAUUAAACAAAGUCGGAGUGCAACUAGCACAAGUAUACUGAAAGUGAUGGACACGUUUCCAUUCGAUGUUAUUCAAAAUGUUUCGUCGAUUCGGAACGGUUCGAGUAUUGAAAUUGAAUUAACGAAAAAAUCAAUUAUAGUUCAAUCUGAUCGGAUCCACAAGAUCAAACAAAUGAUCGAUAAAUUCUUAAUUGAAUCUCGAAUGGAAAUGAACAGAUUAUCUCGUACAUCAAAUCAUAAAUCGUUGUCCACACCGUUAUCGAAUCCAAGCGAUGGAUUUAAAUCUUCAACUCAAGCUAGUUUGAUGACUUACAGUCAAACUAUGAGUGAGAUACAACAAUCACCGUCAUUCGAUGUGUCUACACCGAAGUCAACGCUGCCCACUGGACAUUCUAUGAUGGAAUUUGCAUUACAAAAUUUCAAACUUCAAAAUAAAAAACGCUCGAAGAAAAAUUGGUCAACUUCAGAAUGGACGUGGCAAGAGUAUGCUGAUCUGAUCAAAUGGUCAAAAAUACCGAUCCAAACACCUCUACUUCGCCAUUCAACAAAUGGUUCGUUGCGUAUUUCUCGACAAUGUUUCCUUGCUAUCAUGCGUUUCAUGGGUGAUUAUACGAUGAUACGAGGUCAAGCAAAUACUGAUUGUUUACUCUAUCUCCUCAAAAAUAUGUAUAAACAUCGGAUCUUGAUCGACGAAGUAUUAUGUCAGAUACUCAAGCAGCUAACAGACAAUCAGAGUCAUGUAGGAGAUAGUAUUCGAAACGGAUGGACUUUAUUGGCAAUUGUAUUGAAUUAUUUUGUUCCAAGUGACCAUUUGAAACCAUAUUUUAUGAAAUAUCUUCAAGAGCAUUAUCAUCAAAAUGGCAAACUGAUACAACUGUGUCGAAAUCACUAUGAACAAACAACAAAGUACGGUGGAAGAAAAACCAUGCCGAAUAAAAGUGAAUUUGACCUAUAUACAACUACGGAUCAAAACCGUGGAAAACAUCAAACAUUUCUAUUGCCAGGUGGCGUUCCAUUAAUAAUAUUAAUCAAGCCAUCGAUGGUUAUUGCCAAUUGUUUGAAGCUUCUAUGUGAACAUUUGAAUAUCUCCGAUGAAUUAGAAAACACUGAAUAUUCGAUAUUUAUUAUCAGUGACACAAAAAACAUAUCUCGUUUGCUGACUCCAGCAGAAUAUAUUUUCGAUGUUCUUAACGAAUGUAUUCGCUCGAAUUUGACAGAUUUUCACUUGAUUAUCAAACGUAUGCUUUGGGUGACCAUUCCAUUCGUACUCACCAGUGAUACACAUUCCGAAAUGUUCAUCAAUUUUAUGUAUCAUCAGCUGGUGCCGGAGUUGACUGACGGGAAAAUGAUUCUUUUAUUCAAUAAUCAUUUGUCUGACGAAUUGAUGCAAGAAAUUGCAUUACUGGGUGCAUUACAAUACCGUGCCUCGAACAAGAGUGGCGUUCCAUCGAUGAGAGAAGUGAAAUAUCUUCUUCCGACAACUGUAUUAAAAUUGAAAACUAUUCAUCCACAACAAUGGACAACCGCCGUACAUGAGAAACUUUAUUCAUCUGUUGAAUCGAUGUCAUUGAUCGAAGCUAAAAUGGCAUUUCUGAAUCUCAUACAAACAUGGCCACUCUUUGGUGUAACAUUCUUCACUGCUCAGUCUGUCAAUGAUUCCUUGAUUCGAUCACCCUGUUUCAUCGGUAUUAAUAAACAUGGUCUUUUAUUUCUUGACCUAGACACCAGAGAAACGAUGCGCACAAUUGUUUACAACGAUCUAAUCUCUAUCCGUCGUUAUCAAACGGUGAUCGAUAUCAAAUAUGGAAAUUUAGAUGAAUUACACGUGAUUCAGUGCCAAAUUGAUAAAGCUCAAGAACUCAUUGCACUGAGUGGACGUUAUUUAAAUUUCAUUGGUCGAAAUUUAACGUCACCAUUCGAAAGUGAUGCAACUCAAAUUCCAACACCGACGGACACCAAUCCAAUUUGA